UGUCUAUGGCUAUGUAUCUUGUUGUGUCAAUGUGGUAAUUUCGAUCUUGUUUUGGAAAAUACGGGUUUUAUUUAUGAAAUUCAUUUGCAUUUACGAUAAAAUUGAUACAUUCCAACAUUUGUUCAGCUUCAUCUGUUUUGAGUGCAUCGUUAUCGCAAUACUAGUGCUCUUGAAGAAACUGACGUGAUCGUGUUGGUGAUAUGGAGGCGAUGGAUAUUCAGGCGGUCGAGUCAAAGUUGAGUGAUGUGACCGUAACUGCGAUUCCUAUGAGUGGGAAGAGUACUCACAAGGAUUUAUCUAUAAGUGGCAACAGCCAUGCUACUAUCUCGACAGUACCUGCGUCGUCUCCGUCUUCGAUCGGCAAAGACAAGGAUAACGGUAUGUCGAAUGGCUCAUUAAUGGCGGCAACGUGGAAUACGAAGUGUAAAUGGCAGACGGGUUACAGCGCGGACUCCGUGGAGUGGUGUCCCGUGGAACCUUGGCGGCACGUGCUCGUGUGUGGGACUUAUCAACUGGACAAGAGUGAUCAAGAUGCAGAUCAGCCCAAGCAGAAGCGUCUAGGCAGAAUCUACUUAUUCCUACUCAACAAAAUUACCACAGAAAUAUCUCCAACCCAAACCAUAGAUACAGCCGGAAUACUAGACAUGAAAUGGUGCUAUCAUAAAAUCCAAGGACACCCUGUAUUAGCAGUAGUCACUUCUGACGGGUACAUACAACUGUAUCGGUUGUUGGAUGAAAAUGGAACUUUAAAAUUGGAAUUAUGGAUAGAGGACGCUAUUUGUGGGAACGUAUUGGCUCUGUCAGUUGAUUGGUCGAGUAAUAAAACGUCUACUGCACAGCCAAGUUUGGUCGUCAGUGAUUCGUCGGGUGCUGUAACCGUUUUUCGGAUAUUUGGGAGAUCUUUGGAGAAGAUGGGAUACUGGCUGGGUCACUCGUUCGAAGCUUGGAUUGCGGCGUUUAAUUACUGGAACCCUGAUGUAUUUUAUUCAGGUGGUGAUGACUGCAUGUUCAAGAGCUACGACGUGAGAGUGGCCGAUGUCCCGACUGCCACCAACCGCAGCCACGAGGCCGGCGUCACGGCCAUCCGGAGUCAAAUCCACGUGGAACACCAGCUCCUGACUGGCAGUUACGACGAAAAAGUCCGUCUCUGGGACGCGAGGAGUCUAAAACGCUGUAUCACGGAAACGGAUGUGAACGGUGGCGUGUGGCGUUUAAAGUGGCAUCCUUCCAAUACGAGCGUCGUUUUAGCGGCCUGCAUGUACGGCGGGUUUCGUGUGCUACGCGUGACAGACGAGGUCGCGGUCAUGUGCGAGUAUGUGGAGCAUGAGAGCAUCGCGUACGGCGCCGACUGGCAGUUUGAUGCCAAGUCCACUGUAGAGUCUGAUGACACUCCUGAGUCUAAUGGCAAGUCCACUGCUGAGUCUGAUGGCAAGUCCACUGCGGAGUCUGAUGACAAGGCCACUGCCGAGUCUGACAAGUCCACUGUCGAUUCUGAUGACAAGUCCAUUGUUGCGACUUGUUCCUUUUAUGAUUGUUCCAUGCAUAUUGGUGAAAUAGUUAUACAGAAAUGUCUAUAAAAAUGGUGUUUCGUUAUAGAUUAAGUAUAACAUUAUAGUUAUAUAUACCUAAGUAACGUGGCGAAACACACAUAACUUCCAUCUAUACCUACUUUAGCUUUUCUUAGCUGACUAAGGGCCGAUUUUUCAACCGUCAAAUAACUUUUAUCUGAGGAAUUUAACGUAUUGACAGAUUUCCUAUACAAAAACCGUCAAACCUUUAUUCCUCAUAUAAAAGUUAUUUGAGGUGUCGCGGCCGUUUAAAUAUACGAGGUACCACAAGUACAGUCCGACAAGGCUAUUUUGGCCACGCGUGAGAAGUGCACUAGUUGAUAGUUCGCUGUGUCGGCAUAAAGCUACAACAGCGCCCUCACUCAAGUGCCAAAAGAGCCUUGUCGGACUGUAAAGUUCACGUGCGCUAAUGAAUUGCAAGAACUGUGACAGACAAAUAAAAACGUUUUGUAGAAGGUAAUUAAUUAAAAACAACACACAACACUUGUAAAUAUGAAAAAUAAAAGUUACCAUUAUCAUUUUAAACAUGUUGUAUUUCAAUUUGCUUAUAAUGUCAUGAUAAAUAUAAUUUAUAACAAUUACAUACUUAAUAAAAAGUAGUUAUUUCGCCGUAAGUAUAAUAAUUAAAAAAAUCUUACACCAUUUAUACAAGGCUUUGGGAUGUUCAUAGAUUUAACUUUUUCAAAUGGUUUUUUUAAAAACGCUAAACUGGCCUGAUCUUCCCCUACUGUAAAUUUGUACCUUAAUAUUCUCUAAAUACAGUCUAUUUUGCUAUUCACUGGAAUUAAGAUACAUUACAGAUAAUAAUAAUUUAUUUAAUUUUUUUCUAUGUUCUUAGAUCUUAGAUAAUAAAUUCACUUUUUACGCUAUCCAGUGCUAUUUUUAUAGCUUUGUUUAUUUAAUAAACUAUGAUGUACCUAUCUAUUAGGUACGAAUUAUUUUUCGUGAAAUGGUUUACGAGUUUUGCAAACACGUUAAAACGUUAAAAAGCGAGUUCAUGAUAUGAAAAAUUUUGAUUUUCGAACGUAAUCGCGCCGCGAAAGAAUGAAAGAAAAAAAAAACGUUAAUUUUUUAAAUUGUCCCACGCAUCACAUGCUAUAACUAAGAGCUGUUUAUCCCGGAGCUUCUUUCACUAGAGCAAGCCAAAAUAUCUCAAGCAGAAGAAGCGUUGGAAUAAACUGUGUAUGCUUGCGAACGCUGUGAAAUAUUAAUGUGGGUGGUUUCCUACGGAAAGCUUUUUUGUGAAAUCAUAGGCCAUAAAUGCCAUUUUACUCAAAUGCGAGUGAGUAUAUUAUUAGAACGAUAUUCUAUGUAAACGUUUGCAAAGCUCAUAAUUCAAUAGAAAAAGUGGUGAUGGUAGGUAUAAUCGGUCACUUUUGGUAAAAAAUAAAAUAAAAAAAGAUGAAUGAUAUAAGUAAAUUUUUUAUUCAGUUUCUAAGAAUCCAGCGUCCGUUUUAUCCAAUAUAAACAUGGGUCUCCACUACCAUAAGUAGUCGCCAUUUUCGUGAACUCAAUGUUUU